AUGGUUGAACAUAGGAAGGCCUCCUUACAAGAACCUGACGAUAACGGUCGUCUUCCUAUCCACGUUGCAGCCGUAUCCGGACAACCAGACGUACUGACCUAUUUGAUCAAUGCAGUUUCUCAGCGUUUAUUACUGAGUAACGUGCCAGGCCGUUUCCGCCUUAUCCUCGAAGAUGGAUCAGGAGACGGGAUGUCUGACAGCGACGAUGAAAAACCCGGGGGAGAUCUUUCACUAGGUCUUCAGGUUCGUCAUCCAAGCACAAAAAAGGAUCAAGAGAAAUUGCGGAGACGUUCUGUUAACGCCUACCGCAUGGAGCAGCUAUAUACAGCCCGAACUGUUGCAGCUGCUAAUUACUUGGACAUCCAUCACUGGACACCACUUCACCAUGCAAGUUGUGAAGAAGCUAUCAACCGCUAUCCGGAAUGCCUGAAGAUUUUACUAAAAAAUGGUGCCGACCCAAUGUUACCAACUCUGCAGGGUAAAACAGCACUAGACUUAGCCUAUGCGGCGGGGCGUUCCCAAGUCCUUGUAGAUGUACUGCCUAAGCGACAACUGAUUGCACUUCUGAUGCAGAUCGACGAUAUCGUGCCGCUGCGAGUAAGAACGGGCCAAGUCCCUGUGAUUCCACAGCUGCACACGAAACUUCUAUCAGCAGAAAAGCCAGAUGUUGCACCGCCUCAGCUAAUUGUGCCACAGAGAUCCGAACGUGAAGGAUCCAUUCCAAGAACUCCCAGUGAGCGCGCCCGAAAAGGAUAUUCAUUUAUCCGCAGACUGGCUGAUACAAUGGGUGAUGAAGAAAUCACGUCCCAUCACAUGUGGAAAGCCAAGGGUGGCAAAUCUGAGUCAACAAACCUAAUGAGUAUAUGGCGAAAGAUACUGCUGAACGACAACGUGGAAUUGCUGGAAACACUGCGCGACUCAUUGGUAUGGCGACAAAAUAAACAAGAUAGCUGUGCAGGGGACGUGGAUUUCCACGCUGUGACGCAACCGACCGAGUCCACUGCCACCACCAUGACGGACUUUGAUAGCGCACAGCGACUGACCUCAAAACAGUUGGCCGAACUGUUUAAUGAUUGUUACGAAAACGGAACUGGUGUCUUUUCACACGUGCAAGCAAAUUAUCAGAAUUUGAUCAGAGCCAGAGACUUUCUCACUGUAUUACGAGCAAUGACCGGACUACUGACGUUCAACACGCUCACCACCCACACUCAAUAUCCAACAUCAACACCAAGUGUGGAUGACGUGGAAAUACUGAGACCAAUGCAUAAAUCUCUGUUAUUUUUGGCCAUUCUUUGUGGACGAUUCCGAGUGGCCGAGCAGUUGCUUCGUAUGCGCCAGUUCGACAUGCUACCCGCCGCAGUACUAGUUCUCCUGAUUUUACGACGUCUCAGGAAAGAACCUAGCUUUCCGCAACAGGUAUUGACUGAACUUGGCCGGUACUCGGAACGCAUUGAGGCCAUCGCAGUCGACGUGCUGAAUAUUGUUUUCCUGAAGGACAAAACACCGGAGAAAAAAAUCUGUCGUAAUUUGCUGCAAAUUCCACUUCGAUCAUUUGGAAACGUUCCACUAAUCGAUUUGUGUGCACGAGCCAAAGGAACAAAACUAUUGAGUCUGCCUUAUUUUCAACGUCUUCUGGACGAACGGUGGGAUGGUGUACUUGUCCACAUCCCCUCAUUGCUCCGAUUACCAGUGCAGUUCUUUCCCUUUAUCGGUCUUAUCUACCUGGAAUAUAAAGCGAGGCAGGAACGUUCCGCUAUCGCCAGGCAACGUGUUCGCGAUACACUGUCCACAGUCCUAUUGUCCACAAACAAGCAUUCUGGAGCAAACUCGUCAACAACAACCGGUUUAGCUGGUCGUCAAAGGAACAGCAGCGAUGCACCUGAUGUUGGUUUCGAUUCUGACCCGUGGAAACGACUGCGAAACUUACAGUCACAAGGGAAGAACAAUUUCAUUUUGCCUAAACAGUCGCAACGAGAAGAAACAGUAUACAACCGAAUGGUCGCUCGAGAAGGAUGGCGUAAAUUUCCACGCUGUUACUUUAUUCUCGGAGUCUACCUCUCACCAUCAACAAAGUUUAUGUACCACGCUAUUUUUCACCUGUGCUUUCUUAUUAUUUUCUCUGCCAUAUGUCUUUAUCAUAUUACAUGCAGGACCGAUAUUUUCGAGGCUCUCUGCUUAGCCUACGUAGCCGGAUAUGGACUCGAAGAGGCACGACAGUUCUUGUUCGAAAGUCUGAGAGACGGAUGGAAGGAAUACAUUCAAGAUAAAUGGAACUGGAUUGAUCUUUUGGCAGUCGGACUGACAGCGCUGGGUUUUUGGGCCAAAAACCAGGCAACUUACUGUGACCAUGAUACAGUGGCUGAAGCCCAUGAUGAAUCCCUGCUAUUGACUCGUAAUUUUUACAUGAUGAGUUUGGUUCUUUUUGAUAUUCGAACGUUGAAUAUCACUUCGAUAUUUCAAACAAUCGGACCACGACUGAAAAUGAUGAGUGAUAUGCUCCGAAAAGAUUUAAUCCCGCUGCUUGUUGUAUUUGCCAUAUUCAUCAUUUCCUACGGAGUCUGGUUCCAAGGACUGCUCUUUCCUAACGGCUAUUAUAAAAAUAAGACCGAAGGAUCAGGGUCGGUCAGAAUGGAGUUUCUGAAAGCUUCGGGAGAGCUUUUGAAACGAGCUUUUUACAAUCUGUUUGACAUCGGGAUCAUUUUAAGUGAGGAGAGUGAUUGCGGCAGAAGUGUGCCCUGUGGUUACGAGACAGGUUUCAAUGUCGUCCUCUAUUUUGUGUUCGUUCUCUACACAGGAAUUGUGAACAUCAUUUUGAUAAAUCUGCUAAUUGCCUUGUUUAGCAACACUGUGUCCAGGAUUGAACUGGAAUCAACCUCACAUUGGAUGGCGGGUCGAUACAAAAUGAUCAAAGAGUACAGUGAACGGACACCAUUACCACCACCGCUAAACGUGUUCUGCAUUUUGUACGAGGUGAUAUACUGUUCCUGUUAUCAGUGCUAUAAAUAUGUGCGCAAUCAUUUUCAAGGUGGGAUUAGAGCAGCCAGGCGACAGCGAAAAUUAGCCAUCGAAAACCACUCGGAUUCCUCGAGCGACCAACCCGCCACUUCCGUUCAUACACCGGAAAUAAAAAAGGAAAAACGCCUGCGCCAUCGCAACACCAGGAGGCUUGAAAAAUACAUCGGAACCAUAUCCCUGUCAAGCCAUUCGGAAAAGCACGAAAUUGAAGUGUUCAUAAAUUUUAUCAUUCUCCAAAGCUUUGCGUUGCGCGAUCAGCGAUACGUACUUGGCCUGAGUUCACUAGAUGGGGCAGCACAGAAUCUGGCGGCGAGUAGGAGAAAUGAAUUUCGGGACGAUGGACAAAGACAAGACUAUAAUGAAGCGUUUGAACAAUUGAACCAACGGUUGGCUCAGUUGGAGGCACUGGUCCUCAGUGAACUUGACCGUUUCACCGACCGAAUCGAGUCAAUCGCCGUGGAUCUGCUGAACUUGGUCUCGUUCAAAGACAACACUCCCGAGAAGAUGAUUUGUCAUGAUAUGCUCAACAUCCGGUUGCGCACAUUUGGAAACUUAUCGCUGGUCGACCUAUUUGCAAUAGCUAAAUGUAAUGGUUUGUUGGGCUUGCCGUGCACGCAAUUUUUAUUGGAUGAACGAUGGUAUGGAGUUCUGACCUAUGUACCGAAUUGGGUCAGGUGGCUUUCACGGGUAUUCCCACUGGUCGGCCUACUCUAUGUCGAGAUAAAAGACAGACAAGAUCGUUGCAAUUGUUCCACCGCCAGUACCGCUCUGAUUGGUAGAUGUUGUGCUUCCACCGCCAGUACCGCUCUGAUUGGUAGGCAAAUGUCCGUUCAAGACGACAACAGUUUGAGCUCAAAGCAGGCAGCACGUGCUAACAAAAUAACCAAACACGCCAAAUGGACUGAUGCCGGUAAUUCAUAUUCCACUGCGGUAAAUGAUAAGGCCUAUGAUGACCGCCCCGUGAAGUCGGUGUACGCACAAUCGCCAGAACCAGUCAUAACUAUUUAUCAAAGGAUAACCAGUCAAAACGAGGAAUCGUCAAAAUCUCCACGUAUGUACUUCCUUACAGGUAUCUAUCGUUCCCCAUCGAUGAAAUUUUGCCUCCACUCGCUGUUUCACUUGCUUUUUCUGUGGUGCUUCUCUGUUGUGUGCUUCUAUCAUCUGCAUUUUGACUUCAGUAUAGCUGAAAUCAUUGCUCUUGCCUAUGUAGCCGGUUAUGCUAUUGAGGAAAUAAGGCAAAUUUUAUUGGAAGGUUUGAAGGAUGGAUGGGCAGAAUAUCUCAAAGAUGGUUGGAACUGGAUCGACAUUCUGGCCGUCAGUCUUACAGGAGUCGGAUUUUGCGUCAGAAUGAAUGCACAAAAGAAGACUGAUGACCCUUUGGACGAAUCAAGAGAUCAGAUACUUUACGCAGCACGUAAUGUGUACAUGUUAGGUCUGAAUUUGUUCUACAUGCGAACGCUCCACAUCACUUCUAUAUCCCAGGUUAUUGGACCUCGACUAAAAAUGAUGGCCGACAUGUUACGUAAGGACCUUCUACCCAUGAUACUGGUGUUUGUUAUAUUCAUCUUCUCCUUUGGCGUCUGGUUUCAAGGUCUUAUUCACCCGAACGACUUCUAUAAAAGUAUGGCACAGAUGGAAAUUUACACGAGAGAACGUCGACAUGAAGGUCAAAAGCUACCUGGUUCUUUUAAAAAGAUGAUAAAACGGGCCUUCUACAGCAUCUUUGAGGUGAGCAUUGUAAUUGACGAGCAACACUGUGACGAUUCUAAGGAAUGUGGCAGCGAGCGGGGGAUGGAAAUUGUACUGUACUUCGUUCUCGUUUUGUACACGUGGAUUGUGAACAUAAUCCUGAUCAACCUACUGAUUGCUCUGUUCAGUAACACUGUGUCCCGUAUCGAUCAGAAAGCCGCAGCUCUGUGGCUGGCCGGCCGAUACAAAAUGGUUAAAGAAUACAGUGAAAGGACUUUAUUACCCCCACCGUUGAAUAUACUUUGCGUGCUGUUGGAGCUUCUUCAGUUUAUCGUUUCCCAGUGUAAGAACUGCAUCCGAAAGCGUUCGAACCCUAAAGAGGAGUUCAGUGACACAAGUGCCUAUGGCCUAACCAAAGAGCAAUCAACGUACAAUCCCAAUGAUUUUCGCACCAAUUUACGUCAUACGACAUGGAUUCGCCAUGCCCUGUUAAAUAGCAAUCGGGAUACUACGAAACAGGAGGUGGAUGCCGUGUUGAAAUUCAUCUUGCUGCAAAGCUUCGCACUACAGAAUCGCCGGCACAUACUUGGAACUGGGCUACUUGGGCAGGGGUUCAUUAGUUGGCCGGCUGGAACCCAAGAAAGUGAAAAUUCGCAAUCCCAAACAAAUCAGGAAUUAUCACAAGCCACAACUAGAAUCAACAAGCGCAUAAACCUGAUAGAGGCUAGUCUGAACAUAUUUCUCAAGAAAUUGAGCGCUGUGCCCCAUGAAGCUGCGAUGAUAUCCAACCCGAAACGCUUGCCAAGGCCGCUAAAAAUGCCAUCAACAAGGAUGAUUCGUACACCAUCCAAUGCAUCAACAGUAUCUGUGCACAUACCCACUUCCUCGGAAAUAUUUGCCAGUCUUUCAAAACAAUCCAGUUUCUCGUCACCGCGCGUGUCAUUAACCCGGGGGAAAGGGGAGGCUAGUAGACCGGACGGAUUGCCAGAACAUGAGAAACCGAAGGCCAAACCCUA